CGCAGGGACACGAGGGGACAUGAAGGACGGGGGGACAUCGAGGGACACAGGACAGCACGUGGGGUGGGCGACACACGGGGACACGGAGGGGACACGCGGGGUAAGGGACAUAUGGGGACACGCGGGCCAUAGGGACACGAGGUGACAUGGAGCGAGCACGGGGGGACAUCGAGGGACACGGGACAGCACGGGGGGACACGCGUGACGUGAGGGGACACAGGAGAACACGGGGGGACACAGGUGACAUCGAGGGACACUCGGGCAGGGAUGUCACACACGGUGACCCGUCACACGGCGUGCGGGCUGCCGGCGCUCAUCAGCGCCCCCACCUGAAGGGGGUAAUUAACCAAUUAACAGCGCGGCUGCCGCCUCAUUGCCCGGGGGGCGUGGGCGGGGUCCCCGUGACCCCAUAAGUGCCCCGGGGUGGGGGUGGCCCCGUUGUUUGUGGGGUUCCCCCGGUGCUGAGAGCUGCGGUGCUGCUGUGGGCCGUGUCACCCCCUCCCUGGCCAUGUCCUUCACCGACAGCACCGACAGCGGCUCCGACAGACCCGUGUCCGUGCUUUGGGGGUGCGAGCUGAGCAGCGCCAGGAGCUCCUGCACCUUCCGAGUCACCGAGGACUGGCACUGCGAGCAGCAGCUGGUGCUGCGCACGGUGUGCCUGGGCGAGGCGGCCCGGGAUGAGUUCCACGUGCUGGAGGUGGUGGCCGAGGACGGCGACAGCCGCGCCCCGGUGCCGCUGGCCACGCUGAAACCCUCGGUGCUGCCCUCGGCCUCGCUGGCCGGAGUGGAGCUGACCCCCCCGGUGACCUUCCGCCUGCGCGCCGGCUCCGGGCCGCUCUUCGUCAGCGGCCAGCACGUGUCCAUCAUGGACCUGACCUCGGACGAGGAGGAUGAGGAGGAGGAAGAGGAAGCAGCAGAGGAAGCCCCCAGGAAGCCCCCCAAGGGCUCGGGCGCCCAGAAGGGCAGCACUGCUAAGAAAAGGAAGCGGGAAAAGGAGGAGGAGCCGAACAGCCUCGCCCCCGCGGGUCCCCCGCCCGCCAAGGGACGCGGAGCCGGCCGGGGCAGGAAAGCAGCGGCCAAGAAAUGACGGGAAUUCCGUCCAGGCGGCAGCUGCUGGUGGUGGUGGUGUCGUUCCCAAAAUAAAGCACAUUUUGCACUCCUGGAUCCCCGUGCUGCUCUGGGAGCACCCCCAGCUGGAUUUGGGGGGGGACAGGGCUGCCCCCCACCCCGGA